AUGGAUCCUCUCUCAAUCGUAACGGCUUCUUUCUCUUUGGUGGCAGGAGCUACCACCGCUUCCCUAUCCGUCAAUCGCUUCAUCAAGGACUUUAAAGAACGGCACAGCAAUCUCGACGACGUUACUACGCACCUCGAAACAAUCACCGGCCUGCUCGACAGCAUUGGCGUUAUUUUCCAGGCAAUGACGCAGCUUUUGCCGCGCAGCCCAGCCGUGCCUGCCGAGCUGCUCAAGCAAAUCCCUUUGACCAUCACCGAAUGCCAGACCGCGGUUUCGAAAAUCCAAACGGCCAUGGACAAAUUCCGAAGGGACAAGCUUUGGACAGGGGCAAAAUGGAGCCUCGAGGGCAAGCAGCAGAUCGAGGAGAUGAUGAAGAACAUCGAGCGGCACAAAAUCACCCUCGGCAUUGGUUUGAUUGCCAUACAGAUUGGCGUGUCGGCGAAGACGAAUCAGGACACGAGCGCGAUUCGGGAAACGGCCGACGACCUGAGGAUAGGGUUCCGGGCGUUGACUUUGGAGGUCAGGGCAUUACGUGGCGACCAUCACGGAGCCACUGAAAACCUCAUGCUCCAGAGAUACUUGGACGACGUGGAAUCGUAUGCCACUGCGACAAUCUACAGCGGUUCUGUAGCUGACUUUGAAGAUCGUCCCGCCGCGCCUUGUGCAAGGGAGACUAUGGACGGACCCAGAAAAGACGAGGGAGAGGAUUUCUUGCUAAGCAUUGCGCGUGGUGCCGAGAGGCGAAAGACCUUGAGCAAAAAGGAGUGUGUUGAUCUCGACAGCAAGCUGUUGGAAAUCAACCCUGAAACCUCCCCGGAUCACAUCGUCGAGCUUUUGGGGCUAGGCGCUUCUCCAAACGUAGACUCUCUGGAUUUUGAAGGGUCAAUCUAUUACCUCGACAACAAUAUUCUAUUCUGGGCCGUCUGGUACCGAAACCAUGGAUGUCUGCAGAUUCUCUUGGCCCAUGGUUCGAACUUCGACCCUCACUCGAUUCAGCAGGCGUUCCUACUGGCUGUGGUACUCGGCGACGUUCAGGCUGUCACCCACUUCAUUGAUGCCCCUGGGGCAGCCAACCCUCCAAAGUCGUACAUUUUCCGGCAAUGUUUGGAAAUUGACUGGGAUGAGGAAAACAUUGGCAUGGAUCUGCUUCGCCUAUGUGAGCCAACUCUGCCUGGAUCCAUAUAUAAUCGAAACAUUCCCAAGGUCUUGGUUGCUGCUUCGCUGAUCGGCAAGAAGGUCAACUCUCGUGUUAUAACCAUACGGGAUCUUGUGAGGAAUGGCAUGAUGAAGAAGAUAAGAGGCUCGAUGGAAGCUUACGAUAUGACUCAACGCCUCGAGCCUCGCGCCAAAGCUCGAGACUCCAUUCUAGAAAAGCUCUUGCACGAGCAACAGCACUUCAACAAGGGCCAUGAACGCAGGACAUAUCCUGUCCUGGACUGGCUCCUACAGGGGACUGUUCGCCAUUGGAUGAGACUGGAGGACGAAGAAGCCUGCCAUAGCCGUGUGACUAUGCUGAUAAAGUACGGCGCACAGACGAUGCGUGGUGCAGAUUUUCAGGUCGGCUUUGGAGCCUGCCGUGGAAUCGGUAUUAUUGCAGCUACAAUCGCAGCUCGUUCUGACCGCAUCUCCUGGCUGCUGUAUCACUGCGUGCCGGCCUCUCUUUACGACACCAACCUGACGGGUAUCUACUGCUGUCUAGCAGCACUGCUUGGCCAUGCACAGCUGUUGGAAGCACUACUGCGAAGCAACGGGAGCAGCUAG